UUGUAAAUUUCCCCCAUACAUAUGACGGAAAAAAAAAUGGGAUAAGAUUCGGAUAAAGCUAAGGCAGCCACAGGAAGUAGAAGAGGAAAGAAAGGCAAGACAAGAAAAUGGAAAGCAGACUCAUCUUCCCCCCCUUCCCCUCCAAACUUCACCACUCCAACCCUCCUACCCCCUCCCCAAAUACCAGACAUCUCCCCAUCCUCUGCUCAUCAGCUUCCCCCAACAACAAUUCUCAACACAUCAGCACCAACAAUGGCAAAUCAAAGGAAACGAAGCCCCCCCCAAAUCUCAACAUCCGCUACAGAGCUCGCUCCAGAAGACAAAUGGCGAAGCAAGAGAAGAAGCAGAAGCAGGGAGAAGAAGAAGAGGAAGAAGGAUUGCAGAAAGAACCCAAGCCCUCGAAGAAGAAAAAAUGGGAGGAGAUGAAGCUUUCAGAGAAGGCGUUGGAGGUAUACAUGGGGGAAAAAGGGCUCCUUUUUUGGGUUAAUAAGUUUGCCUACGCCUCCAUCUUCGUUGUGAUCGGCGGGUGGAUUCUCUUCCGCUUUCUCGGCCCUUCUCUAGGGCUGUAUCAGCUGGACUCCCCGCCUCUCUCUCCAUCCUCCUUGUUGAAAGGUGGGUGAUCUUAUUUAUCAUUCUGAUCAUAAAAUUCAAAUUUUGAUUUGGGUGAGUUUUGAAAUUUUUUGAUUUGUUUUUAGAUUCUUGUGUCAUGGUAUAAGUUUUGCACUAUAUCAGAAUGAAUUUAAGAUUUUGUUGAGAUGGUGCCAGUGUAUGUGAUGAAUCAAACAAUUGGGGCAUUUACAUGUAUACCAUUCAAUUGUUAUGUAUUUACA